AAUGCAUAUUGACGAAUUAAAUACUCCCCUCUGUUUGAAUUCUGCUACACCAAAAAGUCAACAUCCACAAGCUUUUUUUGGCGAUCACGAGCCUUUAUUAACAGCAAACAUCGAAAUAACCUCAACUGUUGUCUCUGCCCCUCAUCAACAACAUCCAUCCAACUCUGAUCAGUCAUAUCAAUGUUCAUGUUCCUGCAAUGCUUCUAACUGUUCAUCCUCAAACUCCCUUUCUGAAUGUGACCACCGUUGUUCAACAAAAAUGUGCCAGAAUGGAAAAUCAUUGAAUGGGCAAACUUGCAGUUCCGAAACUUCAAUUAAUUCCUCUCAAUCAGUCAAUACAUCAAAAACUGACCAAAAAUUGCAAUUUCAAAUAAAAGGUUCAAUAUCUACAAAUUUGCCGUUAAAUGCUCAAAACUUGAAUUCUCCAGGUAAUUAA